AUGUAUCGUGCCCGCGGCGGUGACCGUGGGCGGGGACGUGGGGGGAGAGCAGGAGGCGGUGGCGGGCGGGGCAAAGGCGGAAGGGGUCGCGCGGGGGGAGGAGGAGCCGGGCGGAAAAGACCUCGGAACGAGUUAAUGACGACGGGGAGCGGGAAGAGUCGUUUUUUCGCGCGGGCGGAGGAGGCGGCGGAAGAGGACGCGGAGAUCGGAUCGGACGGGGAGGGGGAGAAUGCGCGCUUGGCGGAGAGCGCGGAGGCGAAGCGCCUGCGCAUUGCGCGGUCGUACCUGACGGAAGUGAAGCGAGCAGCGGCGCUGGCCGCGCGGGAGAAGGCGGACGAAGAGGCGGAAGAGGCGGAGGAUAGAAGCGGGGAAGGGGAGAGCGAAGAUGAGGAGGAGGCGGAGGAAGGGGAUGGAGACGAGGAGGGGGAGGAGGAAGGGGACGAGGGUUUAAGGGAGGAGCAGGACGCGAUAAUAGCUGCCCGAUUAAAGCAAGAUGCGUUAGAAGAGAGCGGCAGGGUGAUCCGGCGAAUCGCAACCCGGUUCAUCCCGUCUACGUCAGCAUCGCCAGGGCAAACAGUGGGACGCAGACAUAAGCAGUCGGUGACAGGUGUCGCGCUCUCAUUGGACGACAGAACGGGCUUCGCGGUGUCAAAAGACGGGCUAAUAGUGGGCUGGGACGUCGAGUCGGGAACCAGCUUUAAGUUUCCCUGGCCCGAAAACUCAAACCCCAACUCCCGGUCGGAUGGGGGCGCGGGGGCAGGUGGUGGAGGCGGAGGCGGAGGGUGGAAUAAAGGGAAGGGGAAGGGGGGGAAGAGCAGCCGGCACGUGCUGAGCGUGAGUGUGAGCGACGACGGGCGGUACCUGGCGGCGGGGGGGCUCGACCGCAUGGUGCACCUGUGGGACGCGCGCACGCGCGCGCACGUCAAGUCGUUUGCGGGCCACAGGGGGGCGGUCAUGUCUCUCGCCUUCCGGCCGGCAUCGCUCGACCUUUUCUCCGCGUCCGCCGACCGCAGCAUCAAGCUGUGGAGCUGCGCUGAUGUGGCGUACAUGGAUUCGCUGUUCGGCCACCAGGCGGAGAUAGUGGCGCUACAGGCGCUCAGGCAGCCACAGAGGGUCGUCUCUGUGGCGAGGGACCGUACCUGCAGGCUCUGGAAGGUACCCGAGGAGACACAGCUGGUGUUCAGAGCACCGGCCCCUUCCUGUCUCGACUCGUGUGCCUUCCUCUCGCCCUCCGCGUUCAUCACGGGGGGUGACGACGGGUCGCUGUCGCUCUGGUCCGCCCUCAAGAAGAAGCCCGUGCAUGUCGUGCGGGCAGCGCAUGGCACCACCACUGCUGCUGCUGCUGGUACACCUGCCACGUCUGCUGCUGCUGAUGCCGCUCAAAAUGGCCUGCCCAACGGUGUUGCUGCCCAACAACCAGCAGAUGCAGCCCCUGACGCUGCACCAUUUGCCUCCGCCGCCGCUGCUGCUGCUGCUGCUGCUGCUGCUGCUCCGUCUGUCUCAGCACCGGCAGCAGCAGCGAGUGCAGUGCAGUCGUGGGUGGGGGCUGUUGCCGUGGCGCCCGGCUCUGACCUGGCAGCCAGCGGGGCGGGCGACGGCAUUCUCAGGCUGUGGCAUUGCGACACGUCAGCGAACCGGCUGCGCCCCGUGGGAUCACUUCCAACGGUUGGCUUUGUUAACUCUAUUGCAUUUGCUCAUCGAUCGGAUUUCGUCAUCUCAGGCAUUGGCCAG